GUAUUCAUUUGGGGAAAAAAUCGAUAUUCAAGCUUAGGCCUCGGACAUCAAAAACGUCAAUUAUUCCCUUAUCAAUUAUUUUUGCCGGGAGAUGUACGAACUGCCGCACUUGGACCCGAUCAUUCUUUGUUUUUAGU